CAGCAAGCAUUUCAAAACUUCUAGCGUAUCAUCGCAGAUAUCCAUUAUCUUGCCUGAUUCUACCGCUAUAACACUUGCGCUUCACUUUCACCCAUCUUCACGCGACGCUUAGACAGCUUGUGUGCAAAUCUCAACCACAAAAAAACCAUCCCGAAGAAUUUAAGAUGAAGUUCUCUCUGUUCGCCGUCGCCGCUCUUCCGGCCCUUGCUUUCGCUCAGUCCACCACCACUGAGACGUCAACCACCGUCCUGACCAAGACUGUCACUCUCGCCAGACUUCACACAGUCACUGCUGUUGCCUCUCACAACGCCACCACCACCUCAGCCAGCUAUCAGUCCAUCGGUACUGCUGUCAGCACUGGCGUUGGUUCGACUGCCUUCAAGCCCACAUCCGUUCCCUCAACUGGCGCUCCCAUCGCUUCUGCCACCAAGGGCCCCCACAGCGCUGGUGUUGCUCUUGAGGCUAGCAAGGUCGCCUUGGUCGGUGUCGCUGGAAUGAUGAUUUUCGCCAUGAUGUAAAUCUUUGCGAAAUGACAGAAUACUUGGGAGUGUGGACAACUAGGGGAUGAAGCGGAUCCUUUUCCUCCGCGGACAGCAACCGUCUUGUCUUCUUUGCUCAUUUACCAAAAAAGUUUUUCUUUUGUCAUCUUGAAAAAAAAAAUUAAAAACCCAUUCUUCUGUAUGACGAUCUACGAUCAUUACGACUCGCCGACGAUUUGACAACGUGCUUCUGUUGAAAAGGGAUGGGCCCUUUUCGUCCACAAAGGCCUGGCGGUCUAAUUCCUUCUUCUUCUUCUGAUUCCCCCAAUUUUUUUUUUCUUCCUGUGCUCGAGCGCGCCAAUGGCGCUG